CUUUUUUCAUGAUCAACUACAGAAACAUACUUCAAGUUGGUCUCUUCUUCCUCUUCCUUGGCAUCCACAGAUCCACACAGUUAAAGCUAGGUCACUGUAAAUAAAGGGCUGGAAUAAUAAGUUUGGCAGCAGGACAUUCCAGUUCAAGCGAAUGGCGACGCCCCCAGUGGUUACAAACAACCACUGUACAGUUGUUGCUAGGAAAAAAAAGCGAGUUAGAGUUAGGUGCAAUUACUGUGGAAAGGAGACACAUUGUCGUUCUCGUCUUAAGAAACACUUGGCAGGAAUACGUGGAAAUGUACUACCGUGUGAUGAAGUUCCAGAGGAGGUGAAGGCGCAUAUGAAAAACGACAUAAUGAGAAGAAAGAAAGCAGAUGCGAACACCAUCUCUAAAGACCACUGCACUCUUGUUGAUAAGAAAAAAAAGCGAGUUAAGUGCAAUUACUGUGGAAAGGAGGUAACUGAUGGUCAUCGUCUUAAGUACCACUUGGCAGGAAUACGUGAAAAUGUAAUACCUUGUGAUGAAGUUCCAGAGAAAGUGAAGGCACGAAUGAAAAACGAGAUAAUGAAAAGAAGGAACGCAGAUGCGAACACCAGCUCUAACGACCCCUGUAAGCAAAACGGCGACCUUCAUGAAUCCAGUCAACCAAGUUUGUCAAAGAAGAGGAAGCACUGCGCUACAAUUGAGUCUGGAUUAAAAAAGAAAGAUGAGAUGGCACAGAGUUUGAUUGACCACAAACAGUUAAAUGCAGGGAAGAUUGAGAAAGUAGCUGAAGACAGCUCAUCCAGGCAGAUCCAAAGGUGCAUUGGCAGAUUGUUUUUCGAAAACGGUAUAGACUUUAGUGCUCCAAACUCGCCCUAUUUCCAGAAAAUGGUACAUGCUCUUAUGGGAUGUGGAUCCGUGGUGUAUAAGGUGCCCAGUUGUGAUGACCUCAAGGGAUGGAUUCUACAGGAAGAACUGAAAGCAUCACAAGAGCAUGUGCAAGAAAUUGUGCAUUCAUGGGGAAGUACUGGAUGUAGUAUAUUGUUGGAUGGGUGGACCGACGGGAAAGGGAGAGAUUUUAUUAAUUUUGUGGUUGAUAGCCCAAAGGGUCCCAUAUUUAUGAAGUCUGCCGAUGUGUCAGAUACUUUAGGAGAUGUGGAUGCCAUGAUCGCAUUAUUAGUUGGAGUUAUUGAGGAGGUUGGAGUUCAGAAUGUGGUUCAAAUUGUCUCAUAUACUACUCUUGGUUCAGUUGACGUUGCGGGCAAAAAGUUAACAGAGAAAUACGGGACUAUAUCCUGGACUGUUUGUGCAUCUCACUGCAUAGGCCUCAUCUUGGAUAAGAUAGCAAUGUUGAACCCUUGGAGAGGUGUGCUUGGCAAGGCAAAAGAUAUUAUCAAGUUCAUUUGCAGUCAUGAGAUAGUUCUGAAGCUUACGAGGAAACACACUUUUGGGCUGGAUAUAGUCAGUUCCAGGAGGAUUAGCUCGCUGACGCCAUUUCUAAUGUUGGAGAGAAUUGAGUCUCAAAAGAUGAAUUUGAAGAACAUGUUCAGUUCAUUAGAAUGGAAGAAGUCAACCUUAGCUUCAACAGUUGAUGGAAUGCAAGUGGUUGAUUUAGUCUCUGGAGAGUCAUCUUUCUGGACUGAAGCCCAGAUGCUUUUGAAGGGAAGUAUUCCACUCAUACGUGCUCUGCAUCUAAUUAGUGGAGGAGACAGUAAACCCCAGUUGGGAUACAUAUAUGAAACAAUGAAACAAGUAAAGGAGCAAAUAAAAGAGGAGUUUAAUGACAAUGAAACCAAAUAUCAGCCUUUCUGGACAGUUAUUGAUGCGAUUUGGAAUAACCAACUCCAUAAACCUAUCCAUUCGGCUGCCUACAUUUUAAAUCCGAGUCUCUUUUACUGUGUGGAUUUCAAUGAUGAUGCUGAGAUUAAGGACGGGCUUUCGCACUGCAUUGAGCAAAUGGUAGAGGAUAAACGUGCUCGAUAUUUAACAUUAUUACAGUUGGAUGACUAUAUGCAGACUAGGGGUACUUUUGGCGAUGGGGAUGCUAUUGAUCAAAGAAUGACGAUUUCUCCAGAGAAAUGGUGGUCCUUGUAUGGAGGUGAAUGCCCUGAAUUGCAAACUUUUGCUAUAAGAAUUUUAAGUCAGACGUGUACUGGUGCCUUGAGAUAUGGUCUGAAAAGGAGUCUACCUGAGCAGCUACAUAUGAACGGAAGGAAUUGCGUUGAGCAAAAACGGUUGAAUGACCUCACAUUUGUUCAUCAUAAUCUCCGGUUGCAAAAUGCUGUAUCUGUUUCAAAGACAGAUUACAGAGAUAUAUUUCUUGAAGAGAUGGAUCAUCCAGUGGUUGAAUGGGUUCGUGGAGGAGACGUGAAAGAAUCAGUGGCUGAAUAACAUGGUGAUUAGAUUAAGUGUUUGUUGUUGUCUUGCAGAGAAUUCCAGCAGGUGCUGAUGUUGUUUCUAAACCAAGAGUGAAAAAGUGUUCCAACAGGUGCUGAUUCUAGAUAUCCUGGAAUGUGCAGGAGCUUGGGGCCCCGAUCAACAGAACCGUGGUUUAAUAUAUUGUUUAUGCUUCUCGUACUAACCUCAUUUGCUUGCAGGAAAUAUAAGAAGGAGAAUUCCUCCAAUUCUGAAAUUAUGGAUAUUUGUCGGUCUCGAGCCUGCAAUUGGAACUUCCCUACCUCUCUAUUGGUGCUUCUAGUGGUAUUGUUUGAUUGUGGAGAGCCUGGGGACUUCAAAGUUUCAGAUAUGCGCCAAGAUCUUUGGCAUGAGCUGAAUUACAUCGGGUCCAGAUGUACUCUUCCUUGGCCAAUUGCUAGCAACUGUAAUGUGGUAUACCCAAGCAGAGAAGCGAGGUGGUAAUGCUGUUACAAGUUCAUGUAUGGGUGUUUUCUCCUCUUUUAUCAACAAUUUUGGUCUGGUUGGUCUUUCAUUUGCUUUUCACCUGGUCUAAUGAGCAGGCGGAGGACCCAAUUAUGACUCAUGGAGACAGGUUGUUGAUCUCUGCCAGAUUGGUUUCUGAAUUAUCCAGAUGUUGUGCAAGUUGCUGUGCUGAGACCCAUCCCUGAUGUAUCCACUUACUAAGCCUCGUCCAAGUCAGAAGUCUAUUACAGCCAAGCCAAAGGACGAAAAAGAAGAAGAAACAGCUUCCAAGUAGCGAUCCAAUUAAGCUCAGGAGCAAGAAACGCAUUCUGGCCGGAGACUCUCCUCAACAAAGCCGAAAAUCGAAGAAGGUGAGAUAAUAGGCUUGCCCAUGCUCGGAAAAAGAAACAGAUGUUUGUAACUAACUUUUACAUAUUCAAUGAAAUUGAUAUCUUUUCUCA